AUGCACCCCAAAGGGGAACUGGCGCUGCAAGGAAUUGCACAUUGCCUUGCCGGCUUCAGCUUCGGGCUGCCUUCGCCGGCGAUUCCCGCAAGCCCUUCUUCUCCCCUCCCCGCCGCUUCCUCGUCACUUUCCGCCCUGCCUCUUUCUUGCUGCGCCCGCCUCUGGCCUCCGCCGGGCCCCGAAUUUCCAAGCAGGGAGGCGGCGCCUGGCGGCAGCGGCAGCGGCAGGAGGGACCUUCCACCUUCCCCGGAGUUGUGCAAGCGGCUUGUGAGCAGCGCCAGGAGGCCAAGCAGGUUUUGUGAGUGCACCCCACACAGGGGAGCUGGCAGUUGAGUUGUGUAAGCAGUAUCUGCAGAAAGACAGAGGAGAGAAGGGUAAGCUCAAACCACCCCUUCUUUCUCAUGUGGAAUGAAUUUUAAAAAGUGGGGAAGGAGGAGAUAAUGUUGCUUUGGGUCCAUUGUUGAUGGGACUCUGUGAUGUGGUCAUCUCUGCUAGCAAGUACCAUAUCCCUGUCGUUUUGGAUUUUCCAGCUGCUGAUGGUAACUUUGGUUAUUCUGAAUGCUGGAAGGUUCAGGAAAGAUAAAAGUCAGUGCUUCCCCAAACAGCACAAAGGCAAACUGCAGAACUCCCUCCUGCAAGAAGCAGGGAUGGCACCAACUUGGAUAGCUUUAAAAAAGGAUGAGACAAAUCCAUGGAGAGAGGAGGGCUGUCAGCAGUUCCUAGUGAGAUGGCUCUGCUCUGCCUCCACAGUUAGAGGCAGCAAGGCUUCCCAAAAGCAGUUGCUGGAAACCACAGGAGGGGAGAGAUGCGCUGGUGCUCAUGUUCCGCUCGCUGGUCUCCUGCAGGGAUCUGCUUGGCCACUCGGAGAACAAGAUGUUGGACUAGAGGAGCCACUGGCCUGAUAUACAGGAGGCUCUUCUUCUCUUCUUAUGUCCCAUCCAUACUUCCCUCAAAGUGCUUACUGCUGUCAUGGGGGGGGGGGGGCGCAAGUGGAAUGUGAAAGGGCUUAUUUGAGUAUGCUGUCCUGUGCUUUAUUACAGCUGUUGAAAUAUGCCCUCUGAACAAUUUAGAAAAGGACAAAUGCUUUAUGUUUAUGGACCCUGUAAGCCAAAUUUUAAAAGGGCAACAAGCCCUUAAAGUGUGGGGGGAGGAGGGGAAGCAAUGGGCAAUGUUUAAAAGAAGCACCAAGUAAAUUCCUUGCACAUUUGAAGGGUGCACCUUGAGUAAAUAAGGGGGGGGGGGAGAGAAGUAAGGUAAAUAAAGGACACAGAAAUGGUGCAAAGUGUGUCAUUUUAGAUAUUAAGGUGAGUAAACUUUGUAACUUUGACAGGCUAUCUACAACUUGGUUUUAAGAGGAGUUGAGUUCUCUUUUUUUUUUUUUUUUGAAUAAUUUUUAUUAAAGUUUUAAACAAAGAAAAAAGAAAAAACAACACACACACACACAAAAAAACACAAUACAAAAUUUAACAAUAAAAACACACAACAUAACAAUUUAAAACAAACUCUCUUUUACAUUCCCAAUUUUGAAUUACUUAUUUUCUGGACUUCCUCAUACCUCCCUCUUUUGUAUUCCAAUCUACAUUAUUUGUCCAGCAGUUUCUUUUCCACUUUUUAAACCCAAUCUUUAAUUUAAUGAAAUAUUAAACUAUAUAGCUUCAGCUUUUUUAAACAUAAUCCUUGUUCUUAAUGUCAUAUACCUUUAAAUUUUUCCCUUUUAUUAUCAAAUUUCCAUUUCUUUAAACAUCUUUAAUCUUAAUCUUUAAUCUUAAUCUAUCCUUAGCUUUAACCUGUACAGCUGGAAACCACUUAUUUUCAAUCCAACAUCACUUUAACAUUCCUUAAUUUUGCAGUGUUUCUGAAGAUAGUCUUUGAAUUUCUUCCAAUCUUCCUCCAUCGACUCUUCUCCCUGGUCACGGAUUCUACCAGUCAUUUCCGCCAAUUCCAUAUAGUCCAUAAGUUUCAUCUGCCAUUCCUCCAGCGUGGGAAGUUCUUGUGUCUUCCAAUACUUUGCGAUGAGUAUUCUUGCUGCUGUUGUUGCAUACAUAAAGAAAGUUCUAUCCUUUUUAACACCAUUUGGCCCACUAUGCCCAGGAGAAAGGCCUCUGGUUUCUUGGGGAAGGUAUACUUAAAUACCUUUUUAAUUCAUUAUAUAUCAUUUCCCAGAAAACCUUAAUCUUUGGGCACGUCCACCAAAGGUGAAAAAAUGUACCUUCAGUUUCUUUACAUUUCCAACAUUUGUUAUCGGGCAAGUGAUAGAUUUUCGCAAGCUUGACUGGGGUUAUGUACCACCUGUAUAUCAUUUUCAUAAUAUUCUCUCUUAAGGCAUUACAUGCCGUAAAUUUCAUACCAGUGGUCCAUAACUGUUCCCAGUCAGCAAACAUAAUGUUGUGUCCUACGUCCUGUGCCCAUUUAAUCAUAGCCGAUUUUACCGUUUCAUCUUGAGUAUUCCAUUUCAGCAGCAAGUUAUACAUUCUUGACAGAUUCUUAGUAUUGGGUUCUAACAAUUCUGUUUCUAAUUUUGAUUUUUCCACCUGGAAGCCAAUUUUCCUGUCUAAUUUAAAUGCCUCCAUUAUUUGAUAAUAAUGAAGCCAGUCUCGCACUUUGUUUUUAAUUUUUCAAAACUCUGCAAUUUCAGUCUAUCUCCGUCUUGUUCCAAAAUUUCCCAAUAUUUUGGCCAUUUGACCUCCAUAUUGACCCUUUUCAAGGCUUUCGCUUCCAUUGGUGACAGCCACCUUGGGGUUUUAUUUUCUAGCAAAUCCUUAUAUCUUAUCCAAACAUUAAAUAGCGCUUUCCUGACAAUGUGGUUUUUAAAUGCUUUGUGUGCUUUGACCUUAUCAUACCAUAAAUAUGCAUGCCAUCCAAAUACAUUAUUAAAACCUUCCAAAUCCAAAAUGUCAGUGUUUUCAAGAAGUAGCCAUUCUUUCAACCAGCAAAAAGCUGCUGAUUCAUAAUAAAGUUUGAGGUCUGGCAGGGCAAAUCCACCUCUUUCCUUUGCAUCUGUUAAAAUUUUAAAUUUUAUUCUAGGUUUCUUGCCCUGCCAGACAAAUUUAGAAAUAUCUUUCUGCCACCUCUUGAAACAGUCCAUUUUGUCCACAAUCUGCAAAGUUUGAAACAAAAACAACAUUCUAGGCAAUACAUUCAUUUUUAUCGCAGCAAUACGGCCUAGCAGUGAAAGCUUCAAGUUUGACCAAAUUUCUAAAUCUUUUUCACUUCUGACCAACAUUUUUCAUAGUUAUCUUUAAAUAAAUUCCCAUUUUUGCUGUCAUGUUAAUCCCCAAGUAUUUAACUUUCUUAACCACUGUUAACCCUGUCUCAUUCUGAAACCUCUCUCUUUCAAAAGAUGUUAAAUUUUUCUCUAAAACCUUGGUUUUUGAUUUGUUCAAUUUAAAUCCUGCCACUUGACCAAAUUCUUGAAUCAGUUCUAAAACCCUUUUUGUACUAGAUUCUGGCUCCUGUAACGUCAGUACUAAGUCAUCUGCAAAUGCUCUCAAUUUAUAGUGUUUAGUUCCGACCUGUAUACCUUUCACCAACUGGUCCCUUCUAAUCAUGUUCAGCAACACCUCCAGGACCGAAAUAAAGAGAAGAGGGGAAAUUGGGCAACCUUGUCGUGUCCCUUUUUCAAUUUUAAGUUCUUCCGUCACAACGUUAUUUACAAUUAAUUUAGCCUUUUGUUCUGAAUAAAUUGCACUUAUACCAUUCUCAAAACCUUGGCCUACCCCCAUACCCUGAAGAUUCUUCUUCAUAAAAUUCCAAGAAAUAUUGUCAAAGGCUUUCUCCGCAUCUACAAAUAUCAACACUGCUUUAGUGUUUAUGUUCACUUCUAAUUUUUCCAAAAUAUCAAUUAUAUUCCUCAGAUUAUCAGACAAGUGUCUUCUUGGGAGAAAGCCCGCUUGGUCCUUAUGAAUCUCUUCCAACAGCACUUUUUAAAUCUCUUCGCCAAAAUAUCUGCCAAAAUUUUGUAAUCCACAUUAAGUAAUGAUAUUGGGCGGUAGUUCUUUAAUUGUGUCUUUUCAGCCUCUGUUUUUGGUACAAGUGUAAUAUAUGCUUCUUUCCACGACUCUGGUGCCCUCCUCCCCUCCAUUAUUUCGUUGCAGACCUCUUUCAAUGGUUGAAUUAACCAGUCUUUUAAGGAUCUGUAGUAUCUAGAGGUCAAGCCGUCUGGGCCUGGAGAUUUACCCAGUUGCAUAUUUUGAAUGGCACCUUCUAUUUCCUGUUCCGUUAUUCUAUCAUUCAAAAUUAGUCUCUUUUCUUGAGAUAUUUUUUGUAAUCCAUUUGUUUUCAAAAAUUGAUCUAAGUCUGUUUCUUUCACAGGCCCUUGAGUGUAUAGUCUUUUAAAAUACUUCUGGAAACAACUUCUAAUUUCUGCAGGGUUCUGUAUAUUCCUUCCAUCCACUUCUAAAUUCGUAAUCGUAUUUAAUUUUUGUCUCUUUUUCAUUUGCCAUGCCAACAGUUUACCACAUUUAUUAGCCGAUUCAAAAGUCUUUUGUCUCAUUUGUUUAAUUUUCCAUUCUACUUCCUGAUUCAUUAUUUUCAUAUAUUGUACUUGAUAUAACUUUAACUCUCUCAGAGUCUCUUGAGAUUUGGGAUUUACUCGCAAUCUUUUUCGCAUUCGUUCAUUUUAUUCAUAAUUUUAUCCUUCUUCUCAUUUUGAGUUCUUUUCUUUAUCGCAUUCUGUUGUAUUAAGAACCCUCUCAUCACAGCUUUACUUGCAUCCCAGAUUACUCUUUUCUCCACGUUGGAACUAAGAUUUAUCUCAAAGUAAUCUUUUAAGGUUUUUUGGGCCUUCUUAAGAAAUUCUUCAUCUCUAAAUAAGGUGUCAUUCAUCUUCCAUCUGAAGGAGCCAGUUGGCAUUAGUCUCAUUUCCAUCUUAACAGCAUUAUGGUCGGAGCAAAUUUUUGGGCAGAUUUCCACCUUUUUUUGUUUUUGGUGCCAUUCCUCUAGUUAUCCAAAUUUGGUCAAUUCUUGUCCAAGUCAUUUUGGCUUCAGAAAAGAAAGUUCCUUCUUUUGCCAAGGGGUUUCUAAUUCUCCAAAUAUCCACUAAAUCCAAGUUGUCUGUCAUAUCAAAAAAGGUUCUCGGUAGUCUACCAUCUUUGGUGACUACCUGUUUUUGUGCCUUGUCCAUAUAGGUAGAUACCACUCCAUUCAUAUCUCCCAUCAAAAUUAUGUUGUAAUCCAUAUGGUCCAUCAAGGUCUCGUGCAACUUCUUAAAAAAAUCGGAUUUCCCAUCAUUUGGUGCGUAAACUCCUACGAUCAAAAAUUUUUCUCCCUGUGUUUGAAUUUCAAUUGCCACAAAUCUUCCUUGGUCAUCCUUAAAAACAAAUUUUGGUGAUAAAUUAUCUUUUGCGUAGAUCACAACUCCUCUCUUUUUAACUUUAUCCGACGAAAUAAAUUCCUGACCAAGUCUUUUGUUUGUUAACAAUUUCCUGUGUAGUCUCAUUAUAUGUGUUUCUUGUAAACAAAUUAAAUCUAAUUGUUCCUUUUUUAAUAUGUGAAAUACUGACUUCCUCUUCUGAGGGGAAUUCAAACCCCGACAGUUCCAUGUUAAAAGUUGCAGGGCCAUGAUGUUAUUGUUUUGAUACUCCUCCUACUGCACCUAGUGCCUGUUCCUCGUCCGUCGGUGGUAUCCCUUCUUUCGAGCGAUCUUUUGGUUCCGGAGAUAGUUCUUUUUGUAAGUCUUCUCCGUGGUCUCUGUAGAAUUUAUCUUUGUCGUCUUCCGAUCUUAUUUUCCUCUUCUUUCCCUUGUAGGUAAAAGACAGGCCUUGGGGGAGUUCCCACCUGAAAUUGAUGUUGUUCCUUCUCAGCAGGAUAACCAGAUCUUUGUAUUUUGAUCUGAGCUCCAGAAUAUAUUUCGGAAUGUCUUUGAAUAUUUCCACCCUUUUCUGAUGAAUUUCCAAUGUUUUCCUGAAGUGUAGGCCCAAAAUCUUAUCCCUCUCUUCUUUUGUUCUAAAAGUAAUCAGACAGUCUCUCACCUUCUUUUCUCCUUUUCUCCCAAGUCUAAAUGCGUUUACUAUUUUGAAACUGUCUUUUGCCAGUUCUGGAUCCCAAAAGUCCAAAAAUUCCUGCGUGAGAAAUUCAGCUAAAUUGUCCUUUUCCACCUCUGGUACUGACCUGACCCGAAGAUUCACUUGCUUCUCCCUCAAAUCUAUCGUAGACAGAGUUAGUUUAUGGUCUUCCAAUUGUUUAUGCAAUGUUGGUAAUUCCUCUUGAACCUCCUUGACAUCCGUAGCAGAAGUUGUAGCAAUUUCUUUAGCCUCUUCAGCAAUCUGGCGAGUUGCGGCCGAUUCCUCUAAUAAUUUCUGAAUAGUCUCAGUGUUGGUAUUUACUUUUUGGCCCAAAUUAUUUAUACUUGCUGUAUUUUGAUCAAUCUUCUCAUAAGCCUCUGCUACUUGUUGACUUAUUUUACUCAAAGAUUCAUUAACUUUGGCCAAAACUUGAGCAAAGGCUUCUUCACUUGUCGAGCUUUUUACCUUUGAUUGUGCCGAUGAGGCUGUUGUUGAGGUUCCAGAAGGGCCUGAGACCGAAGCUCUCCUUUGUAAUCCUUCUUCUAUGCGAAUGUUCCUCCCCGAUCUUGUAGUCGAAGCCUCCGUCUUCUCUUUAUCUGCCAUUCCUUAGAUAAUUCUCAAGGUCAGACACGUAGUUAGAAUUGUACAGUGGAAAUUUCCUUCCAAAUAGUGUGAGAACUUAAGAGGAGUUGAGUUCUCAAAAAUUCAGUUGCGGAUGCUGAAUUAUAUCCUGUAGGUUAGGCACCCCCAACCUUCGGCCCUUCAGAUGUUUUGGACUACAAUUCCCAUCAUCCCUGACCACUGGUCCUGUUAGCUAGGGAUCAUAGGAGUUGUAGGCCAAAACAUCUGGAAGACCGCAAGUUGGGGAUGCCUGCUGUAGGUCAUUUCAACCAAGUGUAAAAUGGGGGUGACUUAAACUCCAAUUGCGGAGUUUAAUUCAAAAUUCUGAGGUCCGAUGAGAAGUAUUCUGCAGGUAUGAAAGGUUAGCUGCUGUUAAAGCAGUUCUAAAAGUGUGGAGCACAGUUUGAAGUAGAUGCAGGUGUUUUUAAUACAACAGAUUUUCAUGCUGAAAAGCCUUGCAGUGAAGAAAUACAGGAAUUAAUAAAGGUGAGCUAUAUCCUGCCCUCUGCUUCCAAGCUGUGAAUGCCAUUGCUUCUGUAGAUAAACCAGCACACACACAUCACACACAAAAGGGAGGUGUAAGCUGCUUGGGGGAACCUGUAGGUUUGCAAGAGAACAGUAAAUUGUUAGGGGCAGACAAAAACCUAAAGAACCCCACUAAGAACUGAACAAGCAGAGAUACCCUGCCAUGGAAUGCUGAUUGACAGUGUGGAACCAGGUGUAGGAAUGGCACAGAGUGACUAGAAUCCUGAGAAGCAGCAUUGCAUGCCAAAGCACCCAAGGCACAAAGUUCCCAGGAGAACAACAGGUUCAACUAGGCCACAACUUUAUUGGUUACAGAUGUGAGCGGUUUGGCUUAGGCAUUGGGGUGAAGCCAAGCUAUAUCUUGACUCCUGCCCAUCUGCAGAGAGUCCACUGAAAGGUAAACCACCAGUAAGGGGUGCCCUAUGACUUACAUUAAAUAGGGGGUCCCCGUAGGGGCUGUGACAUGGCCCUAGCCCACGUCCAGACUUCGGAUAGGAUUCACACCCUGGAUCCCUUUAACAGGAUACCCUUACUGAGGAGGGCCGGCGAAGGCAACAACCUCCCCUCCAACCAAACAAAGGUUUACCCAGUGCCUAAACUCACCAAAGUUGUGACGAUUGCUACUAGGUAGUCAAAAACCAAAUGGCCAGUGCCAAUUUGCCAAGUGGAAAAAAUUCCUACCCAGCCUGAACAACAUGGCGACCGACAGUUGUCCAUAGCAAGGUCAUUUGAGCAAAGUGUGAAAAGAGGGUGGGUGGGUUGGGUGAUUCGACGAAGGGGUGAGAAAAGGGGCCGGCCAGCCGUGCCACGAUUAAAUUGCCCGUGGCCACACCCACCCUGCUAGCUGAAUGGCUGGAGCUGUCCCCCAGCAAUGGUGACGCGGCCGUAGUGAUUUGGGGGAGAGGCGGCGUCCCUCCGCCCGUUUGGCUGGGGAACUGUUGAGAUCCGGCUGCCUGGCCACAAUGCCUCCCACUGCGUAAAAGGUGAACCGACUUCCAUACUGAAGCACUUUGCUGCAGGUCUCACUUACCUUUGUAUAAAAAUCAGUCUGCAAGACUGUAAUAUGAUCCAGAAGCAGACUCCAGGAUGGGUCUGACUUGAUUCUCAGAGGCUUGAGUUGCGAGAUCUUUGCCUUCUCUGUCAUGAGAAUGAUUGUCAUUUGUCUGAGGGAAAAUAAAACAGCUGCACUUGGUUGAAAUUGUGAUGUGAUCAUAACCUGCCCUCUAUUCUUUACUCUGGGUGAUCCAGCUCCCAUUUACAGGGUCCUGUAGGAAUUCUUGUAUGUUCACGUCAAUGUGAAGGGUGUAAAAAGAUGCACCGAUCCCCCGUCAGGGGUUUCUGCAAUACGCAAGCUUUCCUACCCUGUGUACAUGGUCAGAUAUAUAAGCGAGGUGCCAAAUGGCUCCUUAUACCAGGGUUACAGCUGCCAAAACAGAAUGUCUAGUUGCCAUUUGGGGACAAGACAGCUCUUAAGUCUUAUUUUGCAAAUGAUUGACAGACUGUGAUUAAGUCUCAGUUAAACAUUUGGCUAGUUCAGAUGACAACUUUGAGCUAGGUUAACAGCUUUGAGAACUUAAAGAAGACAAGUCACUUGAUCUAGGAAUAAUCUACACACAGUAUAUAUUGGCCUAUUCCAACCUCUUUUUCUUAAUGGUGACUGCUCCUGCUCAGGCUGCACAGAAAAAAACAUUUUUGUUCCUGAAAUUCAGUUUGAUUAUGCAGAUAAAAUAUAACUGAUAGAGUUUUACAGGAUGUUGUAUGAGUGUGUGAAAAGCGUCCUGAUCCAAUGAUCCCCAGGCAUGACGCUCCAGAUGGUGGGGACGUCAGGUGCCAUCCUGGCGCCCAGGCAUGUUCACUUGGACACAAGUGGUUGAUAGCCAGGUGCAAAAUGCUCCUGGUGCUUGGCUAAUUUCAAACACUGCUUGGAUUGCCAUGUUUUUGUUUAUAAGGAGAAGGGCUGGAAAAGAUCUUUGGACUUCAGUCAGCCCAGCUAAUAUUGGGCUAUAGAAGGCAUGACUUGGUAUAAAGCAGAUUCAUCUAUUUCCCUUUCCCUACAUGUGUCAGGAAUCCCAGUGUGUUUGUCAGCAAGGAAAUGAGGCACUCUAAUGGCCCUUCUGGCAUUAUGUUUGCACACCUGUUUUCUGACACUGGUCUUGGUAUUUCUAUUAGUAAAAGUAAUGUGAGAACCAACACUCAGUCAGACUGCAGUUGCAGCAGGGGUCAAAGUGACUCAUGCUGCAACCUAACACCAAAUAGUUUUUGGCCAUCCUUUCCAAACAGCUCCCAUGAACACAUUCUUCAAUUCAUGGCAAUGGUUGCUAUGUUUUCCAGCUUUGACACGAAUUGCAAGACAGUCAAAUUUUACCGGUGUUCCAGUGUACAAGUUUGCGGCUUAAGCCUGGCAUUUUUGGUUGUGGGGUUGAAUUCUGAAGUCCCUCAGAUGGCAGAAGGUGGGGCUGGGAAUAUAUAACUUAGAGAAAAUGUCAUUUGAGGGUCCAUAGCUGAGGUAUGCUUUGCAGGAGUGGAGUAGAACUCUGCCUGAGAGCCUCUAAAUAUGGACAAUACUUCUAUAGAAGGACAGUCAGAUUGAUUCAGGACAAGUUGUAUCCGUUGAUAUAAAAGCAUGCCCAGGGUUCUUUUUAUACUAAGUGUCUCUGCCAGGAUCUGUGGCUCAUAGUGGCAUUGCAUAUAAAUUGUAUUUUGUGUGUGCAAGGGCUUUUUCCAGCCGGAACACUCCUGAACGCAGUUCUGGAGCGGCACGUUUUUUUCAGUGCUUUUUAAGGUAGUCGAUGCGGCGCACUCCCUAAAAAAAGCUCAACACUAGUGUGUGGCCUGCCAAGCAUUUAAAAACAAAUCCCAAGCAUCUAGCCUUCAUGGAUGUUUAUAAAGAAACUGUUGCAUUACUGUGAUCUGUCCCUUGAAGGCAAAUCAUCCCUGCAGAAAGGGAUUUAAACAUUCGGUGUAUUGUAACUAUUUCACAGUUGUUAUCUGAACGAUUGGAGUUGGCAAUGUGAAGGCUUUCAAUCAUAUCGGCUUCAUGUACAGCCCGUCCUGGAAUCUUUUUAAAUGACUCACAAGGUAUAGCAAACAAGAACUCACCUUUUGUUGCACUGAACAUCAUGUUCCAAAGAUGCACCAGACCUAUGAGGUCAUAGUCACAUUGUGGUCACAUAGUCCAUAGCUGAGGGGGAAAGGUUUUUUGGGACCAAUGGAAGACACCUAAACUACCAAAAUUAAGUGCAUUUGAUUUGUUCCUAGGAUUAUUAUUAUUUUUUGUCAGAUCACUAAAUGAGAAAGCAAAACUCUCAGUACCAUAAAGGGUAAGUAGUCUAUUCCCUAUUGGGGGGGGGGGGUCCUUCAACUGAACUUUAGAAGAAGAAAAAUAGAAAAGUUUUGUGUCAUCUUGCAUGUCAUGCUUCUGGUUUCCCCCCUCACAUGUAAAAUGCCAUUUAAAAGUUGCUAGAGAAUGAAACUGUGGAAAGUUAAAUUUAAAACAAUUUAGAACAGAUUAACUAUUUAUGGAAAUGGGUCUGUAGAUUAACAUUUUCAUAGAAUUACCUAGCAACCAGGAUGGACCAAAAUGGACAAGCAAUGAAAAAUUCAGAUUGGUACAGAAUUCCGCAUCCUGGGGGUCAGUUUAGGCAUUCAGCUGAAUGAGGUGGUAAAGCUUUGCUCCACCCUGCCACUUUAGGGGGCAGGUGGUGAAAAUAGAAAGCAAGCAUGUCAGGGAGAAGGGUUCCGUGUAACCACCCUAAUCCCACGGGAGCAUGGAUCCUAGGGCGCUCUUUGCCCCUUCCUGUUAAAAACAGUAGACUUAAAGAUGUUCAACAGUGUGUAGUUUUACUUUAUAUGGAACUAGGAACAGAUGGAAAAUGUGGGGACUUGGGGUUAACUGAAAACUGGAUUUGGGGCAGGCAGGAUCUGGGUUGAUAAUGAAUUAAGGGAUGAUCUAGGUCGGAUUUUUAUUUGAAGAAAUGAAUUAAUGUAAGAUAAUUUAUUUAGAGGUGAUUGGUCAUAAUUAAAGGAAGGAGAAGUUAUUCUGAGCUUGGGGAUAGUUUAGCAAAAUAAGAGUGUGUUUUUGAUAUAAUUGGCCCACCCCCCACAUUUCCCCUGCCCCAGGGGUGGUGGAAAAUCUUCCUUCGUCUUCCUACUCAGUUGCAGCUUCAAGUUUUCAGACUGGAAAAAGACUGACGUUACUUCUUGAACAUUCAGCUUGCUGCAGCAGACUACAACCGAUCUCCAGUUUAGACCUGUGUUAUCUUUGUUGGCAACUCUGUGGUGGAAACUCCCAUAAAGCUCCCAUAGAUCACUCUUGCAAAAUUGUCUUUUGGUAGAAUGAAUGGUUACCAGAUCCAGAGAACUACCAUAAAACUAUAGACUACACCACACCGUCAUUCCCUGGUUUGAGAAAGGCUGGGCUUUUCCAAAACUAUUCUGCGGAGAGAACUAAUUAUUAAAAACAACAGAAACAACAAAAACAAAUGUGUGCAUCUCAGCAGAUAUGUACAAUAAAUGCUUAUUGCAUUUUUUAAAAAGGCUCCGGUUUUCUGCUGUAGCAGAAAGUAAAGUUGGAGGAACCCCAGAGGCUAUUUUCUUCAGCAUUAAUUUAGUUCAGGCCUGAACUUGUAUUUGAAACAAAUAUUCGUGAAUUAAAGUUGGGAGAUAUGAAAUAGUUAACAGAGUAGCAGUCUAUAAAAUAUAUAAAUUUGCGCUGGAUUCAACUGCUGCUCCUGUUGGCUUCUACACUUUGGAAUGGGGGGGGAGCCAUUUUGUCAAACAGCUUCUUGGGCUGGCCUGCAUAGGAGGGAGGGCUAGACUUUGAGUCCAUUUCCAACUCAGAGAUAGUUUUGAGGAAGUUUAUUUAUCUAUACAGAACCUGGAUGAAUAGACCUGUGGUUGGAGGUAUUGAAGUGGGGGAGAGAAGGGAAAGGAAAACGGACAGCAGUCUUCAUGUUGUGUGAGAGACCUUCCUAUACAUCAAAAGCAAGUUCCAUUGGUUUCAGUGGGGCUUAAUUUGGGGUUGUUUCCAACAGCAUUUCUUCCUUGAUGCAUUAAUGAAUUUUCACAGCAUCUCCUCACCACCAGGACCUCAGGAUGAAAAGUAACUGCUCCACCCAGUAUCCUGUCUCCAAAAUGACCUGUGUAAUAUAAACACAGCUAAGUGGCAUUGAGAAAUAUGAAUGUUUGUUCCCUCAUCAGCCUGGGCCUAGAUAUUAAAAAACGUGGUUUCUUUGUUUUGUUUUGUUUUGUUUUUCAUUACAGGGAAGGACAGUAACAGUGUUAUAAUGUCCUUUCUUGUGUUUUAUAUAAGCCAAGGAGUGAGAAGCUUUUGCCUAAAUAGCUAUUUGAGAUUGCAAGGGUUCCCUCUGGUGGCAUUUUGGAUUAAGAUGUAGAACAUUUGCUAUCAUAGCCUCCAGGAAUCCAGGCAAGGAUUGCUCAUCUAAUUUUUAUUUUGGAAAGGGGAAGGGUUGUUCUGGGAAGACAUCCUCAAUGUUCCACUUGAAUAGGGGAGAACUCUUUUUGCUUCCUCUGACCUUGGGGUGCUCAGUGCAAAAAAUGAUGCUGGCUACCACCCCAAGAACACUGUUGUUGUUGUUUAGUCGUGUCCGACUCUUUGUGACCCCAUGGACCAGAGCACGCCAGGCACUCCUGUCUUCCACUGCCUCCCGCAGUUUGGUCAGACUCAUGUUUGUAGCUUUGAGAACACUGUCCAACCAUCUCGUCCUCUGUCAUCCAUUUCUCCUUGUGCCCUCCAUCUUUCCCAACAUCAGGGUCUUUUCCAGGGAGUCUUCUCUUCUCAUGAGGUGGCCAAAGUAUUGGAGCCUGUGCUGGUUACCGUGAGGCGUGGUCAGAGUCCGGUCCUGGGUCGAGGGUCUGGGGACUGUCCACCAAGGGUGAAGCGGGGUCCAAAGCGAGGAGCCGGGCAAGGUCGGGAACUCUGGAAGAACAGGUCUCGGUGCUGGCAGAAACAGGUUUCCAACGACGUUGCUCCCGCAACCUGGGACCGGGCUGACUGGCCUUUAUCUUCUCUGAGGCCAGGGGCGGUCCACAGGUGACCCGCCUCUCCUGGCCUUAAGGCAAGCACUCCUCCUGAGAGAACCCAGUUCCCUCCGCCUCUCUGCCCUGAGCCUCUGCAGCUCAGGAGAGGCUGGAGGCUUACUGGACCCAGGGGGAGGCUCACCUUCCCCUGACAGGGCUGGGAGAGGCGCACCUGUAGGCACUGUCUCUUCAAUCACCUCCGGAGCCAGAGUGGAAUCAUCUUGUGUCUGCUCCUGAGGAUCCGGCACAGGUGCAGGUGCUUCAGCUUCAAGGCCCUGCCCUGGCUCAGCCGGCCCUGGAGGCAGGGACUCCUGUGCAGGCUGGGAUUCCUCCGGUUCAGCCUCUGAAUCAGAUUCCCAGGCCAUCACAGAGCCUCAGCUUCAGGCUCUGUCCUUCCAGUGAGCACUCAGGGCUGAUUUCCUUAAGAAUGGAUGCGUUUGAUCUUCUUGCAGUCCAUGGGACUCUCAAGAGUCUCCUCCAGCACCAGAAUUCAAAAGCAUCAAUUCUUCGGCGAUCACUGCCUGCCCCCAAAGGCACUGUCUUCUGUGCACUGUUGAAGUGCCCAAUCUGAUUCUUGCCAAAGUAGUAGCCUAGACUCUCUCCAAAAUGUUGUGUCAUUGGUUGGAAUAAAAACAAAUAGCAAUUUACCAGAGGACCAGAAUUCAAGAGUUUAAAAGAAAAAGUGGGAUAGGGUUUUUUGUUGAUGUGAAAAAGCUAUUUUUAAAAAAGGGGAGAGGAAAUUGGACAUCCCCCCUGGAAGAGGGCAACAUAUCUAGUUUCAAUUUGAUCCAGGAAUGCUCCUUCGCUACUCCUCUUUGACCUCUGUUCCUGUUUUUGAUAGAUAACUUUUGGUUGGUCUCACCCUCAUGCUUAUCUUGAACAGUCAAAAGUGCAUAUGCCUUAUCUCUGUUAUACAGAAAAGGCGGAAAGAAGUAGUGAAUUCUUUGUAAAGCUGAGGCAUCGUCCUAAAUACUGCUACCUGCAUCCUCUCGUGUUCUUUUUGCGCAGACCCAGGUGAAGGACUUUACUCUGCCUCCCCAGGUAUGAUGUACCCAGUUCCAUCCCUGGCUUCUGACUGCUUGCCCUCCUGGCUGCCCUCUCUCCUCCUGCCAUUUGCUGCUGGGUUGGCUGAACAGCUGGAAUGCUACAGAGGGCAAGUGCAGGCAAUGAUUACGGGAAUUGAAACUCUUCAUAUUGUGUGAGCAGCUGCCCAUCUCACAGCCGUUUUCAUUCCACAUUUGCACCUGAUGUUGUACCCAAAGCACUCUUCUGUCUUGGCAGAACGAUCCAGGCAACAAGAAGACCAACUGAGGAAGUGAAGAGCACAGAGAGCCAUUGAUACAUGUCUGCUUGAGGAGGCAACUGCCAAAUUAAACUGAAAAGAAGUUGUCUUAUUGGUUGACGUUACAAGUAAGUUGUUGGAAAGGGAAGGCUUCCUAAAUUAUAAGGGGAAAUGUACUUUGUAGGCCUUGCUAAUGGAACAGGAUUAAGAGUCUAUGAGAGCAGGGCUGGCCCAUCCAUGAGGCAAGGUGAGGCAACUGUCUCGGGUGGCAGAAUCCACAGGGGAAGCAGAUCUGCCCUCCAAGGAAUGCAUUGCCCACCACUGCAGUAGUAACAGCAGCUGCAGAGCAUUCCUUGGAGGCUGGAUCUGCCACCCCCUCAGCCCCCACCCCAGGCCUCCUCCACAGAGGCCUCUUAGCACAUAGACAGUGCUGCUGGUCUCUUCCCACCCCUGGGGAAGAAAUGGUGGGGGAAGCCCUAUGGGUCUACAUCUGCCCAGCAUGAUCCAGAGUGGACCUUUUCCUUCCCCCACAACCAUCUCUGAUUCCCAGCUCAGCCAUUGAGUAAGUUUGAUUCAAUUCCCCCCCUUGUUCCUGAUGCAGAUCUUCACUCACCCCUUCUUACCUGGUGGGGGGGCACUAUUUUGUGGUUUGCCUUAGGUGUCAAAAUGUCUCGGGCCAGCCUUUAAUCUAAGAGAACACAUUGGGCACAAUCCUGCUGUAAUCAAAACAUUUAACUGAGGAAACAGUGCUAAACACCCUUACUAGAAGGCAAGCCUCUGGCAUGUCUUUUGUCCCUUGACGCUGGCAUCCCAGGGCAGCUGUCAGUUGGAGCAGAAGGAUUGCCCUGGCAGUGAGAGGAAAAGCAGCAAUCCCUGCAGCUUCCCCUUCUCUGGCCAACAUUUAUGUAUCUGAUGUUUAAAGGUUUAUUAUUAUUAUUAUUAUCAUCAUCAUCAUUAUUAUUAUUAUUAUUAUUAAUUAAUGCAUCACUUACACAAGAGUCUCUUGGCAAUUUGCCAUUAAACACAAAACAUGCCAGUAUCACAAUGCUGUUUUUUUAAAUGCAUAAAUUAAACACCACAAUCUAACGUCCAGCUCUUGUAGCCAUAGAUUUGUUGUCCCUCUGUGCACUUUCAGUAUUGAAGUAUCCUGUGCAAUUAACUUUGCUAGGGUUGAAAGAAUGCAGCUCUUUAAACAAUUAGACCAUCUGUAUAGGAAAUGCUAGCAGCAAUUCUGUGAUAGCGUAAAGGAUAAUGGGGAGAGAAACAAGCUUAUAGUAACCUUUCUUCUUCUUCCCCCACCCCUCCCUCUUUCACGAAGGAUUUACCAUGUUUGGGACUGUGGUCGUUGGGAUUGGGAUUGCAGGAUCUGUGCGGAUCAGGGACUUGCUGAAUCCUUUGCCUUCCAGUCCUGCUGAGCAUCUCAGACUGUUGGGCUUUGUGUCUAGGUGAGAGGCUUCAUUAUGUGGCUUAAGAAAAAAAUUCUAAUGAGAGUAAUUUAUAACUUGUAAAAACAAUUAUGCUUGAUGGCACCUUGAAGCUAACAUUUGAUAAGCCUUUUUUAUUUUUUCAAAACAUGGGCAUGUCUCAUAGGUAAUAACCUACUUCUUCAAAUGCUGAGUAGGAACUUAAUAUUCUAAUGAGCCUGGAUCCCAAGAUUUAGAGCGCUGUACAUCUCACGGGACGCGGGUGGCGCUGUGGGUUAAACCACAGAGCCUAGGACUUGCCGAUUAGAAGGUCGGUGGUUCGAAUCCCCGCGACGGAGUGAGCUCCCGUUGCUCGGUCCCAGCUCCUGCCAACCUAGCAGUUCAAAAGCACGUCAAAGUGCAAGUAGAUAAAUAGGUAAAGAAGGUAAACUGCAUUUCCGUGAGCUGCUCUGAUUUUGCCAGAAGCGGCUUAGUUAUGCUGGCCACAUGACCCGGAAGCUGUCUGCGGACAAACGCUGGCUCCCUUGGCCAAUAAAGCGAGAUGAGCGCCGCAACCCCAGAGUCGGCCACGACUGGACCUAAUGGUCAGGGGUCCCUUUACCUUUACCUUUACAUCUCAAGUUGUCCCCCACUGAGGCUCUUUUCAGUAUUCCCUUUUCGUCAGAGGUAAAAUGAGUGAUAACUGGAGAGAAUGCCUUUUUGGUUUGGUGCCCCAUUUACUUAUCUGGCUCCAACACUGUUUUCUUUCAGGCACCAGAUGAAAACAUCUUAAUUCUAUCAUCUUUUUAAGUUUCUGGCAUUUUAAAAUAUUCCCCAUGGAACUGGAUUAUCUAUCAUCUGUUUUUAUUAUGCUUUUUUAUUAUUGUUGUGACAUUUUAAUUGAGUGAAAAGCUCCAAAAGCAAUUUUGUUGCUUCCUUCUGCACUUUUGUGCCACAUAAGUGCUGUUCAUGGUAGGUAUGUUCUCAUUCAUUUUUGUUUCUGCUAAAACUAGGAGACCUCUAGGUGAUGUUCAGAAAGUCAAGCAGAUAAGUCUACAAGAAGCUGUGGACAGCAAGGAGGUCACUGCUGCCAUCGUCUGUACAGAUAACCAGAACCACAGUGAGACUGUCAGGUAUUGCCUUCCCAAUUCUCUAGUAUAAAAACGACGUUAGAAUGUCGGUUCCCCGUUAUUCCAGAGAGUAUGUUGACCAGAAUGACUUUCAGCAAAACUCUCACUUUACACUUGCUAUUUAGGCAUUAUCCUUCUCAUCAGUUGACGAUGGUUCAUGCAAGUUUAAACAGUACAUUUUCUUACCUUCCAAAACACCCUCCCUUCAGAUGUGAAGGAAAUAAGCAGCUAUCCUAUCUUUAAAAGACAUCUGAAGGCAGCCCUGUUCAGGGAAGUUUUUAAUAUUUAACGCUGUACUGUUUUUAACACUUGACUGGGAACCGCCCAGAGUGGCUGGGGAAACUCAGCCAGAUGGGCGGGGUAUAAAUAAUAAAUUAUUAUUAUUAUUAUUUUUAAAAACGUGGGUGGGAUAGGAACAUAGGAAACAGCCUUACACCAGGUUAGACCAUUGGUGUAUCAAGCUCAGCUUUGUCCACACUGACCAGCAAUGGCUCUUCAGAAUUUCAGACAGAAAGCAUCAAGAAGAACUUUAUGGCAAUAAGAGCCAUUUGACAGUGGAACGGAUUCCCUCCCUCACUGGAGGCUUUUAAGUAGAGGUUGGAUGGCCACCUGCCAGGGAUGCUUUAGCUAAGGUUCCUGCAUUGCAGGGAGUUGCUCUCGGUGACUCUUGGGAACCCUUCCAACUCUACAAUAUGACGAUUCUCUUCCCAGCUCUUCCUGGAGACGUCAGGGAUUGAACUUGGGAACGUCUGCAUGCAAAGCAGCUGCUCUGGCACUGCUCUCUGGUUCCCCCUGAGCCUUGGCUCUUUCCUGGUCGUCACUUAAUGUGUGUGUUUCAUCUAGAAAGGCAACAAUAUAAAUGCGCAGUUUAUGUGAAGUGCUUGUAUGGAUACUAGAAUGUAAAAACGUAUGGAGAAAAUUGUCCUUAGCGCCUAGAAAUGCUUCUGAUAUCCAUGAAAGCUUGCUUCAAACUGUAAACUAGUUUGACUUUGGCUGCAACUGUAAUUGCUGCAACAAAAGAACAAUGAGAAUUGUAGUUUGCACGGCUGCUGGGCUGGGUGGAUUUGAUUUAAAUCACUAAUCAGUAAGACUUGAUUUAAAUCAUUUUUUUACAGAAAGACUCAUUCUUGCUAGUAUAAUCUUAAUAUUUACAACCAGAUGAAGGUUUCAUUUUUGGAAUAAUAAAUUUUCAGAGUAGUUUUUACAGUUAUAUUAAAAAUGACUGAUUUGGUUAUAUUAUUAGAAAUGCAUAGACAGAUAAUUAUGAAAUUAUUGUGAGGUUUAAUAAGUUAACUGUUUAUAUUUGGACAACUUUUCUGCUAUACUUUAUUGGAAGGAGAAAAAUAAUCAUUUCCUUAAUAACAAUUUAAACAAUUUAUUUAACUAAAACAAUAACAUUAUAGCAUAUGUAUCCGUGUUUGUUAACUGAUGUGGUUAAACAUUUUUAAAAAAACAAACACAGACUGAGUUUUAGCACACAUGAAAAACUUACAACAAAUCCUUAUUUCCUGAUGAAUAGCCUUUGGACUAUAAUGUAACUUAAAUAGAAAACUAUCGUUAGAAAGAUUUUCCCUCCAAAAGCAUUUUAUUUUAAAAUUUUGAUUUUUUUGAUUAUUUUUAAAAUCAUUUAUUUUUAUCCACCCUGCUGUUGGGAUUAAUUUGGAAAACACCUAGGAAAGGUGCUCUGAGCUUCUGAAAGUGCAAGAUGCAUAAGUGUAACACAUAUCAUUUUCUCCUUUGUAAGGAUGUUCCUGGAGGCUGGGAAACAUGUCCUUGUCGAGUACCCUUUGGCGCUGUCUGCAAAGGAAGCACAUGAGCUGUGGGAGUUGGCAGAGCAGAAAGGUAUUAUGCAAAACCAAGGCUGUGCUUGUUUAAAACAGUGUGUGGCGCCACAGCUCUGCUCCUUUGUAAUUUAAAGUGUGUGUCGCAGGGCAGCACAGUUGCAAAGGUAUCCUGUCCUGUAUGGAUAGUUAUGCAGAAUGACAAGUACUGCUUCUUCUUCUACCACUGCAGCAUCACAAUGGGAGAAAUGAUAUAUGUCAAAGUUCUCCUUUCUUCAAAACUACUAGAGACAAAGGAACUCUGCCCUGGUCCCUCCAAAUUAACAGAACGGGGGUCGGGGGGCAUCUCAGAUGAGGAACAGGUGUGGUACAAAAUGGAAAACUAUGGAACACUCUGCUGUGCUGCAAGAAGUUUGUGCUCUUGGACAGAGACAACCACUUUACUGCUUCAAUUUCUAAGAAAGGUACAAAGUAUGUGUCACCUGGGGUCCAACCCUACCAUUAGGCAAAAUGAGGCAACUGCCUCAGGCAACAGACGUUGAGAGGCAAUGGCAGCACCUCUCUCAACGUUUCUUCAGCGUUCCCUUCUGUUGGAGAAUAUACUACUACUACUACUACUACUACUACUACCACUACUACUGUACUACUAAUAACAACAAUAAUAGUACCCCGCGCAUCUGACUGGGUUUCCCCAGCCACUCUGGGUGGCUCCCAAUCAAAUAUUAAAAACACAAUAUAGAUGCUGACAGGUUUUGUGCACCGCAUGGCCUGUCCUGACCACCCCCUCAAAAAAACCAGCCGCCUGCAACAGAGGAUGCUGUCCCAUUGCAGCAAGGUACUGCAUGUGGAAUUUGGAGGAGGGGGUGUAGCAACCACCUUGUACUUCAUAUAAGGCUGCAAAAUGUCUUGGGUUGCCCCUGAUUUCACCUUUCCUAGAAAAAAAAGCAGGGGGAAAUUCCUUCGUUCAUUCUCUUUUGUUACUAAUUUUUAUUAUUUAUUAAAUUUGUAUACCACCCUGCAUCUGAAGAUCAUAGGGUGGUUUACAACAUAAAAAUAAAACAUGAGAACACAAAAUACAUAACAAUAAUGAGAAAACGAGAACAAACCACAAACACAUUUUAAAGGCCAUAGAUUGUUUAAUCAUCCAAAGGCCUGGUUAUAGAGAAAGUACCAGGUGAGCCUCCUGGGGGAUAAAGGUAAAGAUCCCUGACCAUUAAGUCCAGUCGCGGACGACUCGGGUUGCUGCGCUCAUCUCGCUUUGCUGGCCAAGAGAGCUGGCGUUCGUCCGCAGACAGCUUCCGGGCCAUGUGGCCAGCAUGACUAAGCCGCUUCUGGUGAACCAGAGCAGUGCAACGAAACACUGUUUACCUUCCCUCUGGAGCAGUACCUAUUUAUCUACUUGCACUUUGAUGUGCUUUCAAACUGCUAGGUGGGCAGGAGCAGGGACUGAGCAACAGGAGCUCACCCCGUCACGGGGAUUCGAACUGCCAACCUUCUGAUCGGCAAGCCCUAGGCUCUGUGGUUUAGACCACAGCGCCACCCACGUCCCCUUGGGGAUAUCCCCUUAGGGAUAGCAUUCCACAAAUGGGAGCCACUGCAGAAAAGGCCCAUUCUCAUGUUGCCAACCUCCAGACCCUUCAUGAAGGAGGCAUGCAAAGAAGGGCCUCAGGGUCCGGGGUGGUUUAUAUAUGGAGAGGCAUCCUUGAGCUAUUGUGGUCCUGAGCCAUUUAAGGCUUUAUAGGUCAAAGCCAGUACUUUGAAUUGGGCCCCGAAAGUGAUUGGCAGCCAGGGCAGUCAGGCCAGGAUUGGUGAUAAAUGCUCAAGCUGUCUUUCCCCAGUGAGCAACCUGGCCGCCAGUUUCUGCACCAGCUGAAGUUUCCAAUUCUUCUUCAGAGGCAGCCCCAUGUAUAAUGUUACAGUAUUCUCGCCUAGAGGUUACCAGUGCAUAGACAACAGUAGUUAGGCUAUCCCUGUCCAGAGAGGGGUGCAGUUGGGCCACCAGCCGAAGCUGAUGGAAAACACUCAGUGCCACUGAGCCUCAAGGGACAGCAAAGGAUCCAGAAGUACCCUCAAGCUGUGUGCUCCAGCCAUCUGAUCUAGGGCCUCAGUCUUAUCUAGACUGAGCUUCAGCUUAUUGACUCUCCUGCAGUCCUUUACCAAGGCAAGAGAGUGGUCCAGCACGUCCACUGCCUCACCUGAAGAUGUAAAGAAGAAAUGGAGCUGUUUAAGAGUAGCAGUCUUCCACCCACACUAAUAUCAGUGCAAAUAAGAUCCCACUCUUUAAAAAAGUGAAAAAGCAGGUGUAGUAAUACAGAUUGUAUUUUGGAGCAAGUCUGCACAACAUCUAACCCACCAACCAUCUAAAUUGUGUUCAAAAACAGGGACGUUUUGCAGCACCUGAUGGGGUACAGUAAAUGGCUGAUAAGCUGUUUGGCACAGAGUGUCACAAGGUGCCCAGGGCUGCUCUGUACCUUCAGGGAAGGUAAUUUCAUUCUCAUGUAUAUAUACCCCACCUUUUUACCUGAUGGGCAAAAUAGUUGCUUAACUGUUUUUUCUAUGUAUUUAGCCAUUUUUAUUUUUAUCCCUAGGAUGCCUUAGGUCCUGCUAGGGAAAAGGGCAGGAUAUGUAUGUAUGUAUGUAUGUAUGUAUGUAUGUAUGUACAAACAAACAAACAAAUAGUGCAGCCAAGAAAUGGAAUGCGUAGCUACUUCCUUGGUGUAGGGUUCCCAGCUAAAUUACUCAAGGGGAGAUUUUAUGACUUUACUAGCUAUGUGGCAAGAAGGUGCUCAAGGCGCAUAGCUUCUCUCACACUCUUGUAGAAGACUGGGCACUGACAACCAUGCAUUUGAACCUGAUGCCAUUCCCAAUUGUUGAUCAUUAAAUCUGCAUUUGUCUCCAUGGCAGGCAAAAUCCUCCACGUGGAACAUAUUGAACUCCUGACUGAGGAGUACAAGCAGCUGAAGAAAGAGGUGGCAGGGAAGGAGCUUGUGAAGGGAACCUUGCACUUCACAGGUCAGUAGUUGGAGACGGUCUAAUUUAAUGCAGUCUGACCUGCUUUGCAGCAGCUGGUGCUUCAGGCAUCAUCAACCCACCCAUUUCUGGAAGGAAUAAACAUGGACCAGGCCAGUUUAACCAAAGAUUCUAGGCCUACCUCUUUGCUGACUGCACUGGUUUUUCUAUUUACAAGUAUUAUAUAUUGUAAGAGAGCUUUAAAAAUGUGGUUCUGUCCAGCCCCCAGCUGCAGUUUGGACUGGCGCAGUCCAUUCUACUGUUGUACAAACAGACCUGGUCUUUGAAAUUAUUCUGUCUGUUUGAUAGUAUAGCGAGUCCACCCAUAGGUAGAAUAGUUCUUUUUCCAUCCAUGUGUUCAAAGUCCUCUUUUUCAUUUCUAAAGGUGGUGCAUUGGAUGAAGAACGCUCAGGGUUCCCAGCUUUUAGUGGGAUUGCUCGCCUGACUUGGCUAGUUGAUCUUUUUGGGGACCUCACUGUUGUCUCUGCCACGAGGGAAGAGCAGAAAGAGAGAAAUUACUCCAGAAUGACUGCACAAUUUCAGACUGCAAAAAAUAGGUUGGUAUAAUUGAAUUCUAGAAAAUGUUGAUUAACCACAAUAAUAUUUCUCCUGCUGCCUUACUAGGGUCACAUGUGGCACUGUGGGUGCCAACAUCCCUCAACCAAAAUAAUCUCUGCGCAGGCAAUCUAAAUUUUGCACCAAGAAAAGGACGAGGCAGGAGCAAAUUAGCUGUGAGCAUCUCUCUAGGAGCUCAUAUGCUUGGGUAUAUGCUACGGCAUAAUUUGGCUUUGUGCAAUGUGCAAACCAGACCAAUAUCUGUUUAAUUUACAAACCACCUUCGUAUAUGCUCAAGGUAGUGUACAACAAAACCAAACCAUAAUAUUGAAAUGAACACAAUAAACAGUUUACACUUUCAAUCUAUAAUACUGCCCUAGUCUCAGUAAAUUAUUUCCUCUGCAUCUGUGACAUAGGGCAGGACCACAAUUGGACAGGCAUUUGCUGGGAAUCCUGAAAUGGUUUUGCUUUGAUAUCCUGGAUGAAAUUGAUAUUUUCAGAACUGGAACCAAUUAUUGUAAUUGCUCCUACAAGUCGAAUAUGUCAUUGUCUUCCUACUUUUCUAGGUAGCAUGUGGCCUGGUUUGUUACCUGUGCUGUCAUCCACCUUUGUUCUACUAGGCUUAUCACAUGUUGUGUGCACCUCUGCCAUGUGUAUCCCGGUAGCUUUUGUCUUUGGUGUAGUCAUUCGUCUAAGAUUAAUCUGCUGGGAAUGUUAGCAUUGCAUAACAGUCUGAGUAUGUUGACUAGCAUCAUAUUCCAACUCCACUGGCAAAAAACUCCCAUGGAGCUGGAGCCAAGGUCUCUUUCCAAAAAGGUCACUUCAACUGCCCGUGGCUCAGCAGCAGCAGCAUGGCUCCCCAAAAAGUAAGCCCUUUAUCAAAUAGCAUAGGUGGAGUUUGUAACUCUGAGCAGACAGUGUUUAACUUCUGAAAAAGAGCACGACUGAUUCCAGUCCACUUGAAGAUAAUGCUAUCUCCUCUGCCACCUCCCAUAUGUAUAUUAGCUGGCUGUGCUGAGGAGGACUCUGAAUAGUGCUAGACUUGGAGUCCUUUUUCUGUCUGUAUGUCCUGGGCCAGGGCUGUAAGCAGCCCAGCGCCGCCACCCCCAUUCUGUCCGAAAGAAAAACAAAGGGGAAGCGACGAAAGGCAUUCUCCCUCAGAAGAUGUAACGAGGAGUGCCUGCACACUUGUUUUCUGCAAAUGACCAAACAGAUGAUGCAAGGAGAGUCCAGGUCUUCCAUCAAUAUUUGUGGCAGCAAAACAGAGUUAGCAACUAUGCUGACUGGUUGAAAAGCCGCCACUGCUGAGGGUUUGGUUUCACUGAGUAUUUGGACAGCUGUUUACACAGAGCCGUCAGUAUUAAAUCUUGUUACUUGUUCUGUCAUCUAUUAUAGAAGAGUGGAACCUACAACAAAACAUUGCAGUUUAUCCUCACCUCCUUGUAGGAGUGCUCUUGUUCAGGAUUCCUGCCAGCCAUUUCAUUUCAUACAAAACAUUUCAGAUCCACACAUUUCCUUGUUUUUCUUUUCCAGCUGACAGGCAAUAUUGUUUGGCUCUUGAGCACAUUCAUUUUUCAGUGGACAUGUUUCUGUGUGUUUAAGGUUUGUUCUCUUUUAGUUUUGCAAGACAUGAGAUUUCCCUAAGCAUGCUAAUACCUUCCUCUUAGUGGCCCCAUUUGGCCUACAAUCCUGUUGCCACUGGCUACCUGAGAUCACUAUUAGGAGUGGCAACUAGCCUGUGGAGCCCGGCCUCAGAUGUGCAGGAUUUAACCAGCGAACAUAACGUCUGGGGGGAAUUCUGGAAAAAUGUCGAGGAUUUUGAGGUUGAUUACCUAAAAAAUGUUCAGCAACUUUGAAUUUCAUUUUCUAAAAAAUGCUCAACAACUUUUGUGUCCUGAAUUUUACUUCUAGAAAUAUGACAGCCCUAAAUAUAGCAGCGCAGAAAUGAGUUACAAUCAAGCUUCUCUCAUUUGGGGAAUGAAACUUCUCAGGUUGAGGAUUGGGAAGGCUACUGGGUAAAAUUAGAUGUAUGACAAGAGACAGGAGGCAGCUGUGAACUGCUGGCAAUUGAUAAAGCAAGAAGACUGGGGAACAUUGACUAGAGAACCAAGGCUUGUUAGAUCUGGGCUUGAGAAUCUGGCAGGGCAAUUAUGCCAGAUGUGUCUUCUGUUGGUGUUGCAACAUUGUGAUCCUGCAACCCAAAGGGGACAAGAAGGGUCAGAAAAGCAGAGGGGAGAGGUAGGGGUUAAUUUCAUGGAUUGAAAUGGAAAGCUGCAGCCUUCAGUAAAAUGCAGUAAUUUGGUAACUUUUCACAAAAGAUAAAGAACACCAGCAGGUGGUGCUAAGAAGUGGCAGCAAGUGUUCAAAUAAUAAUAAAAAAAUUGUCCAGUAGCACCUUAUAGACCAAGUAAGUUUUUUCUGGUAUAAGCUUUUGUGUGCAUGCAUACUUCUCCAGUUCAGUUUGCCAUUUACUCUAUAUGCUUUAAAAAGCUGCAAGUUAUUUUUCAAUGUAUGUCUUCAUAAUUUGCUGCAUGUACAGAACCACCUGCAGCCAGCUUGCCUAGGGUGGGGAAAUUCCCUGUGUUGUCUUUUCAGAGCCAAAGCCAUCUAUGCCAGCCGCUUCUGGGUGUCAUGCAACCCUUUUAGCAUUUGGCGGCUCUGCACAGUGUUCCAGGUCUGUUCCCUUCCUGGGCAGGUUUCCCAGUGAUGCAGUUCCACUGACAUGGGUGGCUUUGCACUAGCUGAAUGUUUGGCCCUCUCUCAUUUAUGUCUGAGUUGGUUCUAAGUGUGGGCUGGAUGUGGACAGACUCAGUAAGUCUUUGCUGGAAUAGAGAAAUAGAGCAUUUCUGACACAUCCCUGAAUUGGCUGUGAGUUACGCAGAACUACUCUUGAUGUCCUUCUGAGUACCUUGAGUGGGAAAAAUGGGGUCAGAAAUGCAGCCUGAGUCUUAACACAAGCUUUUUGCAAAUUUGUUCUUAGCUUUUGUUAUCUCUAAAAUGUUAUUAAUGAGGAAGAUGAGAGUGGCUUAUUAAAAACCUGCUUGAACUUUAUGUAGCCAUUUUACUGCAUUUUUAGUAUAUAAAAACAAUUACAACAACAACUCCUCCCUAUAUGAGCACUUUGCGGCCUUUGCCACCGGAGAGCGUUCCCCAAGUGUUAAACUAAGAUUUGAGCAUUUCUGAUGUUUUAUUACAAGUGUUGACAUAGCAUUAUAAAAUGCCAGCAAAGCAAAAUGUAUUUCUCAUACCAUUACAAGCAAUAAUUAUUUUGGGUUUACUUACAGAAAACCUGUGACCCACUUGCAGGUGGUGACCCACAGCUCGGGAAGUGUUGUGCUAGAGAAUAGUACUUGAUAUUGGAGGGCACUUUCUGACCUCCACGACACACUUUUGGCUUAUUAUGAGGUCUUCAUUUGCAGCCAGCUUUUGAGAUGGUUGACUUGGUUUCCCUUCCUUUUCUGUGUCCUUUAACCCAGGCCCCUGACUUGGAUUGAAGAAAGGGCACCCGGGAUGAAGCGGGACAAGGCCAUCAACUUCUGCUUCACAAGCGGGUGCUUGGAGAGUCUUCCCGAGGCCCCCCGCUCACAAGUUGGCAUCUUCAUGCAAGACCUGAUCCUCUUUGCCAAAAAGCUUUUGGGCCAGGCCUCCCAAGAGGAAGUGCUGGCUGAGAAGAGGCGGAUUCUGCUGUGUCUCGACCUGGCCGAAGAGAUUCAAAGGCUCUGUGAGCGGCCAGCGAACAUCUACUCUUGA